AUGCUACACUUCAUCUACACCGAUCAGCUCCAACUAAAUAGCGCCGAUGAUGGUCGUACGCCUAUGAUGCUCGACCUACUUGUGGCGGAUCGAUACGACAUCGAAAGCCUGAGGCUCAUGUGUGAGAACAUGUUGUCCGAGAGCAUGGAAGUCGAAUAUGUCAUGUCGAUACUGAUGGAGGUUCAUGGCCGGCAUAGCUGUAGGUCGGUGGAGGCCUCCUGCAUCGAGUACAUGGCGUCAGAUCCUGCCGUGUACGCCACUGUGAAGGCAACGAAUGACUACGAGGAGUUGAAGGAGAGUUGUUGCUCUUUCGUACUCGAGGUCGCUGACAAAGUAGCAGCCGUCAACAUGACUCAUAACUUGUGCUCCAAUGCUCCUUCCUCCUCCAGCAGCCGACCGCAGAUGAAUGUGUGCACACAUUACUCAUUGGAGGUGGCCGAGGGCACACACGAGUUUAAAAUCCCCCAUUUUGUCUUUGUGCAAAGGAGGCAUGGAGUUGGCAAAGAAAUCAAUUCCGAAGCUUUCCUGGUCGGCGAUUACGGUUGGAAGAUAAGGGUAUACCCGUCGUCGUCAUCAGAGAAGGCACAAGGGCACAUCUCUGUGUACGCCGAGCUAUUGACUGAUCCUGGACCUGAAGGUGUCAAUGUGACAUUGGGCUUUAAGUUGGAUGAUCAUAGUGGCGAGUCACCGCAUUUGAUGAAAUGGUUAGAGAAAACCUUUACGACCAAGUCAGAUUGGGGAUAUGCAAAGUUCGUCACCAUUGAAUCUGCCAAGUCAUGUCACCUAGCAGAUGAUGGAUCCCUUACCAUACGUUGUGAUGUUGCCAUCAUCAAGAAGGUCCACACUUGUAGUACUAGCACCACCACCAUGGGCACCAGAGCCACAAUGCCACCGUCUGAUAUUGCCUCUCACCUGAAGCAGUUGUUGGUGAGCGAGCACGGGUCGGAUGUAUGUUUCCUGGUCGAGGACUGUGAGCUCCGCGCGCACAACCUUGUGAUAGCCGCACGAUCACCAACCCUAUAUAAGAUGAUGGUAAUGGGCAACAAGGAUGACCACGUCAUACCGGUUCACGAUGUGACGGUCGAGGUCUUCAAGGCCGUGCUCCACUUCAUCUACACCGAUGAGUUGCCUCCAAUUCAAGACCUAGUCCAUGAUGGUGCUGACCAAGAUGAGUUGAUGAUAGCGGAAGAUAUGCUGGUUGAGGCGUGCUGGUUCGGUCUCGAUAGGAUGAAGGCCAUGUGUGAGAAUUUGCUGGUUUGA